CUCGCCUCCCGAACAGUCGGGGAGGCGUCCCGACGAUACGAAAUUAACGCGCGCGUACGUAUUUACCCCUACUAUUUAUCGUCCGUGUUUAGUGCUACUAACGACGAACAGCGGGAGGUCUGCUAUCAUGCAGCGCGCCGGCGCCAUGUUCCUCGCGCUUGCAGCUGCACUGCUUGCGGUGCAGUCUGUGGAUGCUUCCUACAUUGAUCCUGGAGACGAGGAUGUCAAUCUAGAUUGGGCGGAUUACGCUGACAGGAACGAUUUGCAAACCUUACGAGAUGUUGGCAAACGUUCGUCGCUGAUCUACGUUUUCAGGCGUGCCUGCAUCCCGCGCGGUGGCAACUGCGACCACAGGCCUGGCGACUGUUGCCACUCCUCCUCCUGCCGCUGCAACCUCUGGGGCUCCAAUUGCCGCUGCCAGCGCAUGGGCCUCUUCCAGAAGUGGGGCUGAGAUCAGCCCCAUGCCCCCGCUUCCGACGCCACGACCACCGCGCUACACCGGACCUCUUGCUUUCAACUUCAUUUCUAUCUAAUUCUUUCCCUCAUCUAUCUUCACAUCUUAGAUUUGAUCGCCAUUCAAAACAGGGACCUAGAUAUUUCUGUUUGAAAAUAUUUUUGGACCUAUUAUACAAAAUUUAGAAUGCAUUAUAUGAUUCCUUUGCAGUAUCUAUUGGGUUUUUUUAGAUAAUUCUUCUGUCUGAAUGAGUCGGGCGUCCGCUUACGUGGUUGGGCAAUCACCCAGCCUUAUUGCCCAAUCAGUACGCCUCGACGUUAUGCUCGGCCAUUCAGACCAUGCCGACUGUCCACAGCAUCGGGUUCUGGGUGAUUGUAUUUUUGUUUCCCAUUAUGUUUAGACUCAGAACCCCAAGCUCUGGCAGCGUUUAACUUCUUAAAAUGUAUGUAUGUAGAGUAUAAGCUAAAAGUAGAAAGUAGCGCUAAUAUUGAUGGUAAACUUGUGUCAAUAGGAAAGUAGAUGUCAUUACAAAAUAGUAAAAAAAAAGUUAUAUUAAUAAACGUUCUAGUUAUUUAAGAGACUAACGAUAAUGGAAAACUUGGUGAAAGAUUCAACAGAAAGCCUUUGGGAAUAACAGCGCCAUUUGUAUUUGCGAUUGGCAACUUAGUUUUUAACUUAUCUAUAUGUAUCGAAAUACAAGUAAUUCGUUAUAUUUAAAUGGAAUCUUAAUGUAUCGCUCUCGCACAGGGGGUAUAAGGAAUUGCAGCCUAGUAGACACUUCUGUACGUAGCUUCUUAUUGUACGUUCCUGAUGGAAUAUGGUAUUAUAUUAUAACGUAUAUUGGAAUAUGGAAAUGAUAUAUUGUAUUAAUAAAUGUUUAUGAAGAUUGA